UCGUUUCUGCAAAGAACUAACCCACAAAUCCAAAAACUUUAUAAAAUGGCAUUCAAGUUCGUCUUCGCCCUCGCUUUCGUCGCCGUGGCCAGCGCCGGCUAUGCGCCCAUCGCCGCCCCACAGGUGUACCAUGCUGCCCCGGCGGUGGCCACCUACGCCCACGCCCCCGUGGCCGUCGCACAGAAGGUCGUGGUCAAGGCCGCCGAGGAGUACGACCCCCACCCCCAGUACCGCUUCUCCUACGGAGUCGACGACAAGCUGACCGGCGACAACAAGGGACAGGUGGAGGAGCGCGAUGGAGACGUGGUCCGCGGAGAGUACUCCCUGAUCGACGCCGACGGCUACAAGAGGACCGUCCAGUACACCGCCGACCCCAUCAACGGAUUCAACGCAGUCGUGAACCGUGAGCCCCUGGUCAAGGCCGUCGCUGUUGCCCCAGUUGUGAAGACCGUCGCCGCUCCCGUUGCCCACUACGCCGCCCCUGCUGUUGCCCACUACGCUGCUCCCGCUGUGGUCAAGACCGUGGCUCCAGUUGCCCACUACGCUGCUCCUGCUGUCGUCAAGACUGUGGCCCCAGUGGCUCACUAUGCUGCCCCAGCUGCUUAUGCCACAUACGCUGCUCCCGCCCACUAUGCCGCCCCCGCUGUUGCCUACCACCACUAAGAACUGCCAUUCCACAUCGCCAGCCCUUUAUUGUUAUAGUUUUACGAACGA